AUGCCACAGCUCUCGCCUCAGGCUACCCGGAGCUUACAUGCUAACACGCCUCUCCUCGCCGCUCUACUCCCCACUUGUAAAAACCUAAACUCGGCGCGCAAUGAGCUGCGCUGGAUCCGCGAGCACGUAUGGUCUUCCACCCUCGCGCCACAGUUUCAAAACAUCCCAGAGGCAAAAGACAACGAUGAGAAGAGCAAAAAUGCCCUGCUACACCGUCUAUGUAGUCUUAGGGGCCGCGGAUAUCCGCUGCAGUAUAUCCUAGGGACCCAGCCCUUCGGCCAGCUCGAGAUCAAGUGCCGUCCCGGGGUGUUGAUCCCGCGCCCCGAGACGGAGGCUUGGACUAUGCAUCUCGCGGAUAUUGUGCGUAAGACCUGGAGAGCGGGGAAAGUUAAGAAGGAUAAUGACAUAGAAUCGAAUCUGAGAAUCCUCGAUCUGUGUACCGGAUCUGGUUGCAUUGCGCUACUACUAUACUCUAUCUUAAACCGCAAGUUUCCGAAGAUGCAUGUCCGAGGGCUUGAUAUUGAACCUAGGGCCGUCUCGCUGGCAAAGGAGAACCUCGCGUAUAAUAUAGAACGCGGCUCGCUUCGACAGCGAAAUGCCAACGCUGUCUCGUUCGAGGAGACGAAUAUCUUCUCUACGGACUGGCUCGUGCCGGUCCUCGAGCAAGCGGGUCUUAUUAAUAAUCUCCGAUUUAAACAAUCGGAAUUAAAGAGAGGCGCCGUAGAUAUACUCGUCUCCAACCCGCCGUAUAUAUCGCAAGAGGGCUUCGACCGCGACACGGAACCUUCGGUGCGCGACCACGAACCCCGUCUUGCUUUGGUCCCCGAGCCGUCGGCAGAUAAUUCCCCAUAUGCGACUGUCCUACCCGAAGAUGUGUUUUACGCUAGGAUCCUAGAUGUUGCAAAGGUGCUCCAGCCACGGUUUGUGGUCCUGGAGGUGGGCGACUUGGCGCAGGCUGUCCGCGUGGUGCAGAUGGCGCGCGAACGCUGUAGAAAUGCAAAAGAGGCUGAGAUAUGGAGGGAUUGGCCUGAUAUGAAACCUAGUGAAGGCGAGCCGGAGAGCGUGGACGUCGCCGGUGUGACUGUGCCGGUUAGGGGUGGUGGGAAUGGAAGGGCUGUGUUUCUUCGUUGA